AUGAAGCGGAAUCGCAUUCAGUUUGAGGCCAAUGAUGAUACUUCAUCCGCUUCUCCGCAAGGCGGCUUCACUCCGGAGGAUUCGCGGCAAGCACAUAUCCCGAAGAUCUCUCGGCGGAUUCGUGCAUGUACAGAAUGUAAGCGGCACAAAGUUCGCUGCGACAUGAAGGCAGGUGAGUCGGAAUGUUCACGAUGUCGUCGCAUGAGUCUGGAUUGUGUUGUAAACAAGAGUCUGCAAACACUCUUGGAGGAUGAGGCUGAGUGGAAGACCGUGAUUGAGUUAGCAAUGACAGACCUGCUUAGGAAGGCUCAAUUGCCGGAGCUAUCAUACUAUCAAGCCGGGGGUAGAUCGAUCGAGACGCCCUCGAAGAAGAGUCGCCGGAAAGAGUCGACUGUGUCGGUAGAUGAGACUGGACAUAUCUUUGGAAAUCAUGGCAGGAAUAGAGCGAUGGAAAAUACUGCUGGUUCAGGCACGGGAUCAAGCUCUUCAAAUUAUGCUUUCUCGCAGCACCAGCCACAGUACUCCAUGGAUCGCGAGGAGACCUCGGCCACUUCAUUGGUGACUGCCCCAAUGGGGACUCUUUAUGAAGUGACACAGUUGAGUGAAAAUCGCGAGGGCUCACCUGGGCAUGACUAUGCGCCUGAUCAGGCGUUGGCGACUGAUUUCAUCUCCCGUGGUGUGGUAGAUCUACAAGAAGCGGAAGAACUGUUCUACCACUUCGACCAGGUACUCAAUCGUUACCUUUGGGAUGGCGCAUUGUUGGCACAUAAGGAUUUGACUGCCGCAAGAAAGUCUUCUUCCAUGCUGUCUGCGGCUAUUCUAGCCGUGACAGCGCUUCACUUGCCUUCCAAGGAACGUACAUUUGAUACGUGCUAUACUGAGUUUGCGAAACUAGCAUCGGAGUCGAUGCUGGGACAUCACCACACCCUGGAUGAUAUUCGCGCUCUAUGUAUCGGGGCAUUUUGGCUGGCAGAUGUUAGUUGGAAACUCUCUGGCUAUGCGGUGCGAAUUGCCACAGAGCGCAACUUGCAUCAAUUCUAUCGCAAGGCUAUCCAGGGUUCUCCAGAGCACAAAGAACAAGCUCGUCUUUGGUAUCUACUAUACACGCUCGAGCAUCAUUUCUCUAUCGCAUAUGGCCGGCCACCAAUCAUCCAUGAGGAUGCCAGUAUCACUCAACAUAAUAACUUCACACAGUCAGCAUCAGUAUCACAAGGAGACCUUCGACUGCACAGCCAAGUUGAUCUGUUUAUCAUUCUUACCCGUAUUUAUUUUUCAUUUGGCCCUGACGUUGAUCUCGAAGUACCUGAAAGUGAAUUCCCCAAGAUCGACCAGUUUGACGUAGACUUGAGCGAUUGGAAAUCAGCAUGGCUGCCCCGUCUUGCUGGGAGUCGACAUGUUGGUGCAUAUCCUUACAAAGCUGUCUACAUGCACUACCAUUUUUCUCGGCUGCAAUUGAACUCGGUUGCUUUGCGUACCUACCACUCUUCGACCUCUUCAAAAGUCAUGUCACCGGAGCGCAGAAAGCGCGCCAAUAUCGCCAUCGAGUCGGCAAUCGCUACCCUCAAGGUUGUCCUGGACGAGCGGGAUAUCCAGCGGGCUUUAGUUGGUAUUCCGCUGUAUCUCCACAGCAUGAUCACUUUCGCCGCCGUGUUCCUAUUAAAGAUCGCGGCCAAGGCGUGUUCUAAUGGCCCAAACUCAGGAGGACAGAGCCAAAACAACUCAAUUGCCUCAGCAGGCUUGCUAGUAGAUAUCGGUUAUGUGCAGGUCCUAGUUGGAAGGAUUAUCGAACUGAUGGUCUCCUGCAGCCAGCGGGCUAGCGAGCGUCACCUGAGCCACCAUAUUGCGCGUGGGCUUCGGAAGAUGCUCACUGGACUGGAAGAGUGGGAGAAGCGCAAUGGUGGCCAUAAGUCUCUGGGACCGACCCCGCAGGAAACACCGUCGCUCUUUAAGCCGGUCAUUAUCCCAGGAGCUCAAAUCUUGGGUGAACGCGAUACAAUAUUGAAUCACCCCCCACCGCUCUUGGGAGUCGCGCCCUUGUCUGCCGAGCGCGGUAACGUAUUCGAGCCUGUGGUCACGAGCAAGCCCGAGUCCGGCCUGUCUGAAGGGUCAAUAGAUCCGAUGAUGGCAGAUCUUUGGGGAUUCGAUGAAGACUACUUCCCUACCGGAGUUUUCGAUUUCCUUCAGAGCCAGAUGCCGGCGUAG